CCCGUCUCGCCUCUAUCCAUCCAUCCAUCCACGAAACAUUCACAUGUGCUUCUACUCCACCUUGGACUCGCACGUGUAGUCUGGGAAGUCCGGGGUUUUCUUCCACUCGCCCGUCCUGUUGAGGUCCUUGCCGUCGUGGCCCUCCGGGUAGUCGUAGUAGGCCAUCGUGAGAGGCUGAAGCUUGAAAGGGUCGAAGUUGUACUUGGGCCCUUUAACCCGAGCAGUCAUGUCGACGCACUUGUCCAGCAGCACCCUUGAGUGUGUGUGGGUCCACCCUACAGAACUGCCAAAUUUCUUGUGCAUCACUUCGCCCUGGGUGAAGGUGACGGUGUGUGGCUUGAGGCCCGCCUCGUCGCUGUGGAUCUUGAAGGACCGCAGAGCGCACUUGCUGUCCUUGAAGGGGUUGGUUAAGGGGUUGCAGGGGUUGGUGGUCAGGUGCGCAGUGCACUGGAAAUCAGUGAGGAUGUACCUAGGCACCGCCAUAUGCGCGUAUGUAUACCCUGCGUGUCUGUCUCUCCAUGUGUGUCUCUGUGUGUGUCUGUGUAGGAUGCCGUAGUUACUCGAUUGGCUCUUUGCCGGGCCCGGCCUGGCGAAUGAGCGUCAUCUCUUCCUUGUUGGGGCAGCCCAGCCAGCACCGGCCGUCGUAGUACCGGUGCAGGCACAUGCCUUCCGGCGGCGUGUGGCUCAGCUUGGAUUCGAGCCAGUCCUUGAAGGACUCGAGGAAGACUGCGUAUCCACGUACAGUAACCACAUACACACACACACAGGCACAGAGGAACAAUCAAUCGCACGUGUGGGGGCACAUCCAAGCAACGCAUUCGUGAGCUGAUGACGGCGCACUGGAUCACCUGGCCGGUCGUCUGAGCGUCCUCUCACAAAAAGCCCCCGUGUCGCCGUCUGUUUGUCUGCCUGCAGGAACAGUCGCCCAGCACGGAUCCGUCUGCACUUGCAAAGUGUGCCGGUGCGUGUUUUUCUGCGAUUGUGGGGAUGGUGUGUGUGUGUGUGCGUCACAAUGAGGAGCUCCGUGGAUACAAACGUCCCAAGGGACAGCAAGACCCCCAGCACCAUCACCACGGGCAUCGCCAUCAUGGAGUUGAUGAGUGUGGGCGAUUGCAUGCGAACUUGCAAUGAAUGAUAGUCCGGGCCGAAGACACCUCGCCGGAACAUCCAAGCUCGCAAAAGGUCGUUCGUUCGUUCGUUAACCUCACGGGGACCAAAAGGUCGGAAGAGGAAGGAGACUCCCGGUGGAGCACCUGUAGACGCACACAAUGGACAGAUCAGAUCUGCCGGCGAACGAGGCGACAUACGCACAACGUGAGCGCAGCAUGGAGGCAUCCACGUUGCCUUCUUUAUGGAUCUCCCGACAUGGGCUUGAGCAGUUUCCUCCGAGGGAAUCUCCUUUUCCUCAACCAAGGCGACAACAUCGAGGAAAAGGUCAUGACACUAUAGGUUGC